UCCUCGUAAAGAAAGGAUAUUCGUUACAUUGUUGUUAAGUUGUUAUUAUAAUUUCCAAACAAAAAACCAACAAACUAACAAACCAAAGCAAAAUCAACACAACCAAAAAAAAAAAAAAGAAAAAACACACUCACAAAGCAAAAAAGCAAAAACAAAAAACAAAAUAAAACACCACGAAAUAAAAACAACUUGAAGGCGGAAAAUUCAAAAAUACAAAAGCGAAAAUAAAUAAAUAAAACAAAAGUAUUUCAAACUGACGACGCGUACAAAAAUCCGCAGCAAAGGCGUCUGCGAAAAUAAACAAACAACACGAAAACCACAUGAACUUUUUUUCCAAAACCAAAAAUAAAUAAAUCUUAUUGGUCUGUGAUAAGUGAAGGUAAAGCAAAAUUCAAUAAAAAAAAAACAACAACAAACAAAAGCAAAUAAAUAAAAAAAAAGUUAGAACAAAAAACCGUAAAAAUAAAUGCGUGCAGCAACCGCAAAGAGAAACUUUUGAAAUUAAUAAAAAUUUGUAGAAAUCAUUUAACGCAUCAAAUGAUUUCCACGUAACAUUGAACAAAGCGCAAACAAACAGCAAAAGCAAAUAAAACAAGUAAAAAAGGAAAACAAACAAAACUACAACAACAGCAAUUAAAAGUGCGGUUUCACACAAAAAAGAAAAACAAAAAUUAUUUAGUAAAAUUAUAGCACGAUUUGAUGAUAGACAUCAACUGUGAGGCAGCACUUCAUUAAACAUCAAAGCGAAUUGCGUUUAACCGCAAAACGUGAAACACCAACCGAGCAGCAGCAAUCGAGCAGCAGCAGCAGCAGCAACAACAACAGCAAAUAUCAGCAAAGAGCAACGCAGAGCACAUUGCAAAGUGCAAAGUGAAAAAAUGUUGGCAAUGCCCACGCUAAUGAUGCCAGCAACAGCACAGAUGACGCUCAGUGGCAAGCCGUAUGAGACCAAAUUGUUGGCCAUCCAUCAGACGCAUUUGCAGCAACCGCAGCAGCAACAACAGCAGCAGCAGCAGCAACAGGCGCCAGCACCGCAGCAGCAACAGCAGCAGCAACAACACCAGGCGAGCGUUAAGCAGCAAUCGCAGCAAUCGUCGCAGCAAAUGUCGAUUAUAACCACGCAGCAACAGCAGCAUCCGCAGUCUCAGUCGCCGCAUCAGCAGCAGCAAUCGCAGCAGCAGGCUGUCGCUGCCGCUGCAGCAGCUGCCGCAGCCGCUGCCCAUCAUCAGCAGCAGCAACAGGCCGCUGUGGCAGCCGCCGUUUGUGCCGCCCAACAGCAGGCGGUUGCUGUGCAACAGCAACAGCAGCAGCAACAAUAUCAAAUCCAUUCGCAGCAACAGUCGCCGCAGCAAGUGCUCAGCGUUUCGCCUAAGCAGGAACAAUUCCACAUCUUUGUCGGCGACUUAAGUUCAGAAAUUGAAACUCAGCAAUUGCGCGAGGCAUUCACACCAUUCGGCGAAAUCUCCGAUUGUCGCGUUGUGCGCGAUCCACAAACCUUGAAGUCGAAGGGUUAUGGAUUUGUGUCCUUCAUCAAGAAAUCGGAAGCUGAGAGCGCCAUUACGGCCAUGAACGGGCAAUGGCUUGGCUCGCGCUCAAUUCGCACGAAUUGGGCUACACGGAAACCGCCGGCGAGUAAAGAGAACAUCAAGCCGUUGACUUUCGAUGAGGUCUACAACCAGAGCAGUCCCUCCAAUUGCACCGUUUAUGUGGGCGGCGUCAACAGCGCCCUCACCGCACUCAGCGAGGAGGUGCUGCAGAAGACAUUUGCUCCCUAUGGCGCGAUACAGGAAAUACGCGUCUUCAAGGACAAAGGAUACGCAUUUGUGCGCUUCUCCACUAAAGAGGCAGCUACUCAUGCCAUUGUUGGUGUGCACAACACCGAAAUCAAUGCACAGCCCGUGAAGUGCUCGUGGGGCAAGGAGAGCGGCGAUCCAAACAAUUCGCAGACCAUGGCCAGCCAGGCAUUGAACAGCGCCGCCGCUGCCGCUGCCGGUUUUCCGUAUGGCGUGAGUGCUGCGGCAGCUGCUGCCGCUGCCUAUGGCCAGCAGUUGGCUGCCACCGGUUGCUGGUAUUCACCGACGCCAACUUAUCCGGCUUCGUCGGCCACCGCGGCCGCUGUCACACCGGCAGCGGCGGCGGCCAGCGCUGCGGCCGUGCAAAAUCAAUUCCUGCAGGGCAUCCAGGGCUAUCACUUUGGACAGUAUGGCGGCUACCAGCAAGGAUAUAUGGGAAUGGGCGUGCAGAUACCAGCCACCUGGCAAGGCGUUACCCAAGCUCAGAUCUCGCCAGCCCAGCAAUUGGCAACGGGCGUGGCAGGCACAGCCAUACCACAGGCUGCCGGCGUUGUUGCCUAUCCGAUACAGCAGUUCCAAGUGAGCCCACAGUUGCCAGAAGAUGAAUGGUUAGCUGCAAAUUUAUUGUGUUAGAAAACAAAUAUAAAAAACAGACAAAAACAAUGCCGAUUUAAUGCAAGGAAAUAUGUGUGUUCCACAAGUCUUUUCGAUCUGACGAUUUGCUAAAACUUCAAAAUACAAAAAAUAGCACCUAUUGUCCUUGCAGAGUCUUUUAGUUUCAGUCUACCUCGUUGUCAAUUGUAGACUCUACACAAAUUGCUAAAUUGUAAAAGGUUUGUGGAACAGAGUUUAGCUAACACUAGUGAGAAUAAAUGCCCAAUUACACACACAUAACGUACGUACAUACCGAUAUAUACUCGUGUGUAUAGAUAUUAUAUAUAUACUUAUAAAUAUAACAAUCAAAAUAUGCCAUCGAAUGAUAUUAUAUGAUAUUAGCCAUAAUCAUAAACACACACACACACACACAUAAAUACCAAUUUAAUCGUGUAAUCGAAAUACAAAUCCAAAGAUAUAUAAUUUUAACAAGAACAGAAAGCACUCCAUAAACACUGAUUCGGAAAAUACCGUGAAAUAUACCACAAAAUACCAUAAACAUGCCAGAAAAAUACCCAACACACUCAAUCAUAUGCAUAUAGAGUAUAUAUAAAUGUGAAUAUAGAGAAUAAAAGAGUUAUAGAGUGCUUAAAUAGGCUUCACUAGCUGAAAGGAAUAGAGAGACACACACACAUACACACACAAGCAUACAAAACAGAACUAGAAAGUGAAUUAGAAAUACCUAACAUAUAUAUGUUUAAUGGUUUAUGUAGUUGGUAUUCAAAACAGAAAGAACAUGCUUAUAUAACAUACAUACAUCAAUACAUAUAGCUAUACAUAUUUUAGAACUAGACAGACAUACAUAUACAUACAUAAACAUAGCAUACAUAUGUGUGUGUGUGUGUAUAUAUCAGCAAAACAUAUAAAUAUAUACAGACACACAUACACACACACAAAAUCGAGCAAUCAAAUAUAGCUGCGGCACAUAGUAUAUAAUAUUUAUAUAGAUAUGUGUUUAUACAUGCAAUAUAUAUGGCAUACAUACAUAUAUAUAUAUUCAUGAAUAUGUAGGAGUAUGUCUUGGUUGACAAAUUACAACAAGAACAACAGCAACAAAAAAUGUUCAAAAUGAAAACCAAUUAAAAUGAUAAAAAACAGGCAAAUAACAUGUAAUAGCUCGCAUGUUGUAUGGUUUAUGUAGAUGAUGUACGUAUCGAGCAAUUAAACUUGAUAUCAUUUCACUUUGGACAUUUGUGUUUGAUGGGACAACAGCAGAAGAGAAGAGGAGAAGAGAGGAAAGUUUCAUGAUUUGCAUAUGGCGCGUUUUAUCUGUAUUUUUAUGAUUUUACUUUUGACCAUUUUAUUUUGUGAUUUUUAUAUUGUUAACAACAUUUUUAUGGACACAGAGAAUAGUUGAAUUUUUAUAUAUGAAUAUGGGCGGGAUGUGCAAUGCAAUUUCCAUUGGGGGAAUGCAUAACUAACUAAAGUUGUGCACCAAGUUGUCCCCAUGGAAGACACAAAGAUAGAACAGAACAGAACAAAACAGACAGACAGACAGGCAUACAUAUGACAUAGAUGUGUAGCUGUAAGUAACUAGCGAGUUGUAAUGUAAACUUAAGAUGUUUUUAGCACUAGAAACUAACACGUAGUUGGACUAUAUGAGAGGCAUUGCAUGUUUAAACCAAAAA